AUGGAUGAAGUCUUAAAAGUGCGUAUUCUCAUAAGUGACCAAGGAGACCCAAAACUAUUUAUUUCAUACCCCAAGCAAAAAGAUUUAGAAUGUUUAAGCUGAAUAACUCCACACAGUGCUUUGCAAUCCAUAUUAGAAACCCAAGCAACUGCUUUGAAGCAUCUCAUAGAAACCAAUGACGAAUUGGUAUCCUUUAACAAAUUAUCUGAAAUUGAAUUAGAAGAGCUUAGUCUUAAGUUUAAAAAAUAUUUGCCUGCUAUUAAAGGCAUGUCAGAAGACCUAAGUGCAAUCCAUAAAAGUAUUGGAAGAAUGAAAAAGAAAUUAAAAAUAUAA